CCUUCUCUAUAAGCGUUUAUCCCCAAUACAAUACAAUAAAAGAUUCAAUCUUUCUCUCACUCUAAUAGCUCGAUUAACUUGGGUUACCAUUUCUCUUUCUCUAUCUCUCCCUCGCUGUGAUUAAGCCUUAUGGUGGAUAUGAGUCCUUCUGGAUAUACUGUGGAAGUUACAGGCCUCUCCAACAAAAUUACAGAGAAAGAUAUUUACGAGUUCUUUGCAUUCUGUGGAACGAUUGAACAUGUUGACAUUGUCAGAGCGGGUGAUUAUGCUUGUACAACCUAUGUGACUUUCAAAGAGUCUUAUGCCAUGGAAACUGCCGUUUUGUUGAGUGGAGCUACUAUUGUGGAUCAACAUGUUUGUAUUACGCGAUGGGGGGACUAUGACGACAGUUUUAGUUUUUGGAAUCAACACUUGCAACAUGACGAGGAUAUAAGCAACCCAGCGGAAUCUUCAAAUGCUCGAGAAUUCACAAUUCCUUCAGCUGGAGAGGCGGUAUCUUUCACUCAGGAUAUAGUUAAAGGAAUGAUAGGGAAAGGAUACGUAUUGGGGAAAGAUGCAUUGACGAAAGCCAAGGCGUUGGACGAAUCUUACAAGGUAUCAGCAUCUGCGACUGCAAAAGUUGUUGAGCUAAGCGAAAGGGUAGGCCUAGCCGACACAAUCUUUGCAGGAAUGGAAGCCGUCAAAUCUGUGGAUGGGAAGUUUCACAUCUCCGAUACCACACGAUCAGCAGUUACAGCCACUGGAAGGACAGUUGCAGCUGCGGCUAACUCUGUGGCUAAGAGUUCUUACUUCUCUGCUGGAGCUUUGUGGAUGUCUGAUGCUCUUACAAGAGCAGCCAAAGUGGCUUCUGAUUUAGGUAAUAAUAAUAAUAACAGGGGAGGUGCAAACAAUUAAAUGUCACAUACCAUGUUUAUAAGAAAACAAACACUUGUGUAUUAUAUAUAUAUAUAUAUAUAUAUAUAUAUAUAUAAGUUGGGUCUUUCCCAUGGUUGAAUUAAAGUUAAUAUAAACCAAUUAGUUCUUUCA